AUGAGUUUUGGUUUCGUUACUGCUUCUGGAAAAAAUAUAAAAGUUAGUGCUGAUGCUCUGGAAAAAGCUCGAAAAAGAUUCGAAGAAUUGGACGAACAGGCGGCUGCAGAUGAACACGUCUCGCUAGUUGCAGCUGCUCUUCCACAGCACAAAAAUUUAUUUUCGCCAAUACUGAGUCGGUCUGGCUUGAAAGGGAUCGGUUCAAAGGAAUCGGCUUUUCGAUCUUCUCUUUGUUCAACUGCUCUAAAAAGACAUAAAGGAAUGAAAAGUGUAUUUUUACAAGAUUGUGCUUUUCAUUCACCAGUUUUAUUAAAUGCGACUACUACAUCAUCGCCAGCUGUUUUCCUAGACGAAUUAGAUAAAAAUCGGAUUUUAGAAUUUUCCCCACAAUCGAAAAGUCGUGAACGAUCAAAUAGUGAAAAUGUAACACCAAUCAAACUAUUGACACCAUAUUGUAAAAGCUGGCGGUUAUGUUUGAAAGUAACAUAUAUCGAUAAGUUAAGGCAAUAUCGUGGGUCAAAGUUAUUUUCUUUUCAAGGCGUCGAUGAAGAUGGCGUUGAGAUUCGGAUAAGUGCUUAUAAUGAUUUAGCCGUGAAAAUUUCACAUAUGGUUCGACUUCAUGAGAUGUAUUACAUACAGCAAGCUUCCGUCAAAAUCUCAAAUAAACGAUAUAUUAGAAAUCAACACGAUAUGGAAAUUAUUCUCAAAUCGGAUACACAGAUAAAAUUAUGUACUGAUCGACCAGAGAUAUCUUCUCCAAAAUUAAAUUUUAAAUUUGUACAUAUAAACGAUAUCAAAAAUUAUAUGGACUCUGAUGUAGAUGUAAUUGGCGUGAUUAUUGACACUGGCGAUAUGAAACAAGUUAAUACAAAAUCAGGUGAGAAUAUCUUCAAAAGAGAUAUUCAAAUUGUGGAUGAAUCUGUUCAUUCAGUUGUUGUCACUCUCUGGAAUGAACGUGCUCAAACUUUCAACAAAUCAUUCCAAAACGCUAUAUUUGCUGCCAGAGGACUCGCCGUUCGCUCAUUCCAUGGAUUUCUCACAUUAUCGGCUCUUACCUAUAGCAAGACGGUUAUAAAUCCAGAUAUUCCAGAAACGUUGUCUCUUAAAAUGUGGUUUGAUAGUAUUCUCAAAAAAAAAUCUUUCGUGUCUAUAUCUUCUGAUCCGUUGCAGUAUGUGGAUCAUGUUUGGAUAAAUCAAGUAAUAUCCGCCUCAAAUCCAUCUUAUUUUACUGUCACUGCUAUGGUUUUGAAUAUGAACGUCGACAAUGCUAUCUAUAAAGGUUGUGUGAAUGGUGGUUGUAAAAAGAAACUGCUUGAGUGCACAGACGGUUAUAAAUGUCCCAAAUGUGGUUUGAUCUCUGAUAAAUAUAAAUAUUUUUUCACACUUUCUAAAAAAUUUAUGCUAAAAUUCAUUAAUUGGAUGAUUUUUCAGGUGGAAAUUGGUGACUUUACAGGAACUCUAUUGGUUAGUCUAUUUGAAGGUUGCGCAGAAAAGUUAUUAGGUGAUUCCGCUGAUGAAUUAGCGAAAAUACGCAGUUAUAAUGCAGAUGAGUUUUUAAAUCGAUUAAGAAGACCACUUUUUAAAACUUUUUCAUUUCGAAUCACCGCUCGUCAGGAGAGUUCGAGCACUGGUCAAAAUAAUGUAACAAAAUCAGUUAGUUCAACAAGUUUAGAUAAAUCUCUCUCACCUUCUAAUCAGCGAUUUAAAUGGAACGUUGUCGGAUUAACAUCUUUAGCAUAUGAAUAUUAUAUACCGUUUUUGCAAAAGUGCAUUUCGAAAUUUCAUUAA